AGAAGCUGUGACGCAACGCUAUGGCGCGACACUGAGGGAACCAUAGAGCUUCGCUUGCAGGGCUAGAGCGCCGGGAGCAGGGCGCGAUGGGACCGCCCCGGCGGACCGAGGCCGGACGCCCGGCGGGGAGCGCGGCCGGCGGAGAGCGGGGCGGGGGCAUCGGGCGGCAGGGGACGGCCCGGCCGCACCAUGGCCCUGCGCAGCUGGAGCGCGCUGCUGGCGCUGGCCAGGCCCAGGCCCAGGCCCAGAGGCUCCCAGCUGCUCCUGCACUCCAUCUCUCCGUGCUCUCCAGCGAUUGCUUUGGUCCAGUUGGUGGAUUUGCACUUAAACAGGACUUGUGUGUGCCCCUCGCAACGCCAGCACCGCGCACGGCCGGAUCCCCGCCUGCCUCACUCUGCAGCUGAAGCCGUGCGAUCGUUCCACACAUCCACCCGUGUGCUCCAGGAGCCCCAGGAGCAGCCUGCGCCCAGCCGAGGUGCUGCGCCCGCCCCAACACCGACACGAGGCACAGAGAGCCCCGUAGGGAGGAAGUCCUGGCACCAAACGAUUGUGGGUGAACUGAAGCAUUAUUACAACGGGUUCCACUUGCUCUGGAUUGACACCAAGGUUGCUGCCAGGAUGGUGUGGAGGCUGCUGCACGGUCAGGUCCUCACUAGGAGAGAGAGGCGAAGGCUGCUGAGGACCUGUGCAGACCUUUUCCGGCUGGUUCCCUUCCUGGUGUUUAUCAUCGUUCCCUUCAUGGAGUUUCUGCUACCAGUGUUCUUGAAGCUCUUUCCUGAAAUGCUGCCCUCAACAUUUGAGACAGAGUCAAAAAAGGAAGAAAAGCAGAAAAAGAAAUUAAACGCAAAGCUGGAAUUAGCAAAGUUCUUGCAAGAGACUAUUGCAGAGAUGGCCAAAAGAAACAAAGCAGAUACAGGACAAGGAAAACAGUUCUCUUCCUACGUGCACCAGAUUCGUCACACUGGCCACAAACCCAGUACCCAAGAGAUUGUGCGCUUCUCCAAGCUCUUUGAGGAUGAGCUGACCCUGGAACACUUGGAGAGGCCACAGUUGGUAGCACUUUGCAAAUUGCUUGAGCUGCAGCCCAUUGGCACCAACAAUCUGCUCCGCUUUCAGCUUCUGCUGAGGCUCAGGACUAUCAGGACAGAUGAUGAACUGAUUGCCAAGGAAGGAGUCAACGGCUUAAGUGUGUCUGAACUGCAGAGUGCAUGCAGAGCCAGAGGAAUGCGGUCAUUGGGUCUCUCAGAGGAGCAGCUGAAGGAACAGCUCAGACAGUGGCUAGAUCUGCACUUGAAAGAGAAUGUUCCACCUUCUCUGCUCCUGCUCUCACGUGCGUUGUACUUAAUAGAUGUAACGCCACAAUCUCUUCCAGAAAAUAAGAUAGGUGAAACUGAGGAAGUGAUGACAUCCAUUCCUGAAGAUCAGGAGAGCCUGGUGGAUCCUGCCCCCAUUGCACAGGGAAGAAAGAAUGAAGAGUUCAUACCUCGGCCAACAGAAAAAUUGCCAGUCUCAGAGGCGCCAAUUAAGCCACUCCAACAAGAGACUAAACUGGAGGCAUCUCAGAGCAGCAAGGCUGGUGCCAAUGGAGUCUAGCCUGAAGCCAGCAAGGACGGUCAACACUGGAAGAAAAGAGCUCUCAUCUCUGCACCUCCUUAAAAGGAAAGAGUGACUGUCCUGCAGACUGCUUUACAAAGAGGUGUCGGUAGUCCUAAGGUUAAACCUUAUCCAGCUCAGCACUAUGUCAUAGCAACUGCCCUCAGACUUUUAUAAAUGAUUCUUCAUACACUCCAGUGUCAGCUGCUGGUUUGUGGCAGCUCUACAGGAGGAUACUGAAAUGCUGCUUUUAGCAUUUGUUAGUUUUUGUCUUUGGUGUAUGUAAAUAUUCAGAAAUUAUUUUAUGGACUGUAGAUAUUUAUACUAAGAUUAAAGCUAGACUUGGUGCUAUGUCUUUUUUAGAGGUCAGACAGCUUUUAGAACAAUCAGACAGAAAACAGUCAUCUCAAGGUCGGGGCAUUAUCAGCACUUUAAACACGUGACUUUGGGUUCUUAUUAGCAAUACAGAAUCAGAAUGCAGUACAAUGAUAGCUGUCUUCUGCAAGCUUAGCUCUGUACCUGCACUUCUGCCGUGGUAAUAAAACCAGCGUGCAAUCCUGAA